AUGAAGCAACUGGAAAAUCAGCAAGUAGCACAAUGGGUGUUUUUUUGCCAGUUAUGCUCUUGGUUCACGUGGUAUUGCUGUACCAGAACUCUUACAAACACCAUGGAAACUGUUCUCACUAUAAUUGCUCUUUUCUACUAUCCUAUGGAAGGUUCAAAGUCUAUGAACAGUGUGAAGUACUCAUCCCUGGUGGCACUUGCCUUCAUAAUCCGUCCCACAGCUGUUAUUCCAUGGAUACCUUUGCUGUUCAGACAUUUCUGGCUAGAACAGAGAAAGCUUGAUCUUAUUCUACAUCAGUUUUUACCUGUAGGAUUUGUCACUUUGAGUUUGUCUCUGAUAAUCGAUCGUAUUUUUUUUGGUCAAUGGACUCUGGUUCAAUACAAUUUUUUGAAAUUCAAUGUGCUGCAGGAUUUGGGAUCAUUUUAUGGUUCUCAUCCAUGGCACUGGUACUUCAGUCAAGGAUUUCCAGCUGUCCUGGGUACUCACUUACCCUUCUUUAUUCAUGGCUGCUUUCUAGCCCCAAAGAGGUACAGGAUAUUUUUGGUGACUGUGCUAUGGACACUGCUAGUUUAUAGCAUGUUGAGCCACAAAGAAUUCAGGUUUAUCUAUCCAGUUUUACCAUUUUGUAUGGUGUUCUGUGGAUACUCGCUAAACAACUUGAAAACAUGGAAGAAACCAGCUCUAAGUUUUCUGUUUUUAUCAAAUAUGCUCCUUGCCCUCUAUACUGGUUUAGUUCAUCAACGAGGUACUCUUGAUGUCAUGACUAAUAUUCAAGAACUCUCUUACAACAAUACAAGUGUAUCUUCAGCUUCAGUACUUAUGAUGAUGCCUUGUCACUCUACCCCUUAUUACAGCCAUGUCCACUACCCGCUUCCAAUGAGAUUUCUCCAGUGUCCCCCAGACCUGACUGGAAAAACUGAUUAUCUUGUUGAAGCAGAUAUGUUUUAUCUAAAUCCCUUAAAGUGGUUGUAUAUGGAGUUUCGAAAUGAUUCAUCACUGCCUACUCAUUUGAUCAUCUUCAGCGUCUUGGAGGAGGAAAUAAGUCCUUUCCUAAUUUCAAACAACUAUGAGAGAACUGCUGUUUUCUUCCACACUCACUUUCCGGAGAGUCGAACUGGAAGUCACAUAUACGUCUAUGAACGGAAGUUAAAAGGGAAACUCAACCAAAGAUGA